AUGGAUGCGGCCAUGAAAGAGCCCGGAUUCCGAUGCUUCCUGAGAUGCUGCCUCUCCGCCUACAAAAACAAAGCCGUCAGCGGUCGUAUGCCCAACGCACGCAUCGCGGAGAUUUGUCUACAGGAUUGGAGCAGCCCGUAUUUUCCGAGGCAGAAAUUCGCACGCCGAGCCUACGAUUCCUGGAAGCUCACCUGCCCUCCAAGCGUGCCCGAGGAAGCUACUGCUGCUGAUGACAUUAUGAGCAGCACCGUCGACGUUGAAAUGAAAUUCGAUACUGGAAGCUGCAAGCUGGAAGCUGAACAGGAAGCUGUUGAGCCGAAUCUCGACGUUUUUGAGUGCUCCAACAGAGAUGAGAACCUCAACCUUCGUGAGAAGCCGGCAAUUCGGAACGGCCAAGUGAACAUCGAUCCGAAUCUCGACGACAGUGUCGGCUCCGAGACAGAUGAUGAAAAGCCCAGUUCCGAGAUAGAUUGUUCGUUCGUCACGGAUAUAAAGUCCUCACCAAGCCCUGUUGCGAUCAAGCACGAACAGAAGACGCCGAAGUGCCAGAAUAAAACACCAAAGGCCCGCCCUCCUCGCAUCGAUUUGAACGACAAAAGGAUCGCAUGCGGCAUCAAACGCGCUCGCACCAGCUUCACUUUCUACAUCAUGGACCGCAACAUGCAGGUGAGGGCAAAUGGAAAGGACAGUUUCAAGCUGUUCGCUGAGCAAUGGCGUACGCUGGGACCCAUGGAAAAACAGUAUUAUCACGACAAAGCUGCUGCGGACUUGUUCCGAUACACCACGGAGAUGCAAGAAGCCGUCAUGCCUGAAAAUCGCCCUCCUGCCACGGUU